AGAAAUUGAUUCACCAUUGUCUCCCAGAAAAGCAGCCUAUCCCCUCCAACGGGGUUGACUGGACCCCAAGAGACCCCUAUCACUCUCAUCUUCAGUUUAUGUAAAAAAAAAAAAAAUAGAUAAACUUUACCCAGAGCAUACGGCAUAGUUGGGUUAGUCUGUUUUCCACGCCGGAUCCGUUUAUAAAAAUGCAAGUAAAUUGAAAACAUCUAAUCGAAGUUUGACUCGAAGUUCCAGAACCAAAUCCUCUUUGGGUCUCUGGUUUUAAUUUUCAGUAACCGGGGGCUGCAAGAUAGUCCGGUAAUGGCUUCCCUUGUCCCCCAAUUUCAACUUUAUCUCCUUUUUCUGGCCUUAGUUCGUCCCUUCUUUGUCGUCAAUGGAAAUUUAAUUCUCCACCCUUCAGAUUUGGAUGCAACCUCCACACUCUUGACUGGUUUUGGUUUCCCCACUCAAUUCCAUAUUCCAUCUUCAGGAAAUGGAAAUCCCUGCCAUGAGACCACAGGUAUUCACUGUGAGAGGAGAACCUCCACUGAGUCGCCGCUGCAGCUGGAGGUUCUCCGAGUCACUCGGAUCUUUCUGGACACUCGAGGCCUCAAUGGAUCUCUCUCUCCUUCCAUCGGACGAUUGUCUAGGCUCAAAGAGCUCUCCUUGUCGAACAACCAUCUCGUUGACCAGAUUCCUCCCCAUAUCGUUGACUGCCAGAACCUCGAGGUUUUGAACCUUCGGAAUAACCGCUUUUCCGGCAAAGUUCCAUCGGAGAUGUCCUCUCUAGUACGUCUACGCUCCCUUGAUCUCUCUUCAAAUAGGUUUUCCGGUGACCUGAGCUUCUUAAGAUAUUUUCCCAACCUCGAACACCUCUCCCUCGCUAACAAUCUUUUCAGUGGAAGAAUACCAAAAUCACUUCGAUCUUUUCGAAAUCUCCGAUACCUGAACCUUACGGGAAAUGAUUAUCUCCAAGGCCUCGUCCCAGCAAUGAACCAAAUUGGCUAUUCGGUCUCUCCCCGGUUGAAGACUACGGCCUUAACCAGUAGUAGUCUCCCCAAGCGCUACAUAUUGGCCGAGAAUUCCACGACGAAUUAUCACGUAGGAGGCGGUGCAGUCUCACCAUCACCAUCACCUAAAUCCUCCACUGCCGAGGCCCCAUCUCCUUCGACUUCUUCAGCCCACAAACGACCCAAGAAAGAAAGAAAUCUCAAAGGUUGGAUGAUCGGAUUCUUUCCCGGUGUUGCUGUUGGAAUGCUAUCUGGGUUAACACUAUCGAUUCUGUUCAAACUGCUCUUGAAAUACAUCAAAGGCAGAGGAAAAGACACAGGUCCGGUGAUCUUCAGCCCCUUGAUCAAGGAUGCAGAGGCUAUAGCCUUUCUCGAGAAAGAAGAUGGUUUGUCCUCCUUGGAGCUCAUUGGACAUGGAGGAUGCGGAGAAGUUUACAAGACUGAGCUUCCAGGAAGCAACGGUAAGAUCAUAGCCAUCAAGAAGAUACUUCAGAAUCCACCCCAACAGCCCACUGAUGCAACCGAGCUUGCCGAUGAAGAAAGCAAGUUACUCACUAAGAAACUCCGGCAAAUCCAAUCGGAAAUUCGAACCGUCGGUCAAAUCCGACACCGGAAUCUCCUGCCUCUUCUGGCCCAUAUCCCCCUCCCAGACUGCCAUCUACUGAUUUAUGAAUACAUGAAGAAUGGGAGCCUACACGACGUGCUGCAGCAGGUAUCGCAAGGGACCAGGGAAUUUGAAUGGAACGUGAGACAUCGAAUCGCCAUGGGAAUCGCAGCUGGUCUGGAAUAUCUGCACAUGCACCAUAGCCCACGCGUUAUCCAUAGGGAUCUGAAGCCUGCAAACAUACUACUGGACGAUGAAAUGGAGCCCCGGAUCGCAGAUUUCGGGCUUGCAAAGUCCGUACCCGAUGCCAAAACUCACGUGACCACGUCCAACUUGGCAGGGACGGUGGGGUAUAUAGCUCCGGAGUACCACCAGACCUUAAAGUUCACAGACAAGUGUGACAUCUUCAGCUUCGGAGUGAUAUUGGCUGUGCUAGUGAUGCGAAAACUACCGUCUGAUGAUUUCUUCCAAGGGACGGAUGAGAUGAGUUUGGUCAAGUGGCUGAGGAACGUUUUAACCUCUCAUGACCCAAGAAAGGCCAUCGAUGAGAAACUGAUGGGGAAUGGGUACGAGGAGCAAAUGCUACUUGUUCUUAAGAUAGCUUGCUUCUGCACCGUAGACAAUCCCAAGGAAAGGCCCAGCAGCACAGAUGUCCGGUGUAUGCUCUCUCAGAUUAAGCCUUAAUGCACAUUAGAAACAUGCUUAUCCUCUGAUUUUCCACUCUGUAGGUAUAAUGUAAUGAGAAAGUGAGGUUCUUGGUGUCAUCUGCAGAAGACUAAUGUUGUCGUUGGUAUGCAUUCUCAGAAUAGA